ACUGCGCAUUUAGCGUGCAACAGGAAUAGUUGGGAUCCCCGUAGAAACUUGUUUGCCAUUAAAAAAUGAAUAAUCCUGAAGGUGUUAAUACCAGUCACAUGACUGAAAGUGAUUUUUUUGAUUCGGCUUCUGGUCCGUCGGACAAGUUAGAGCUUACUGAUAUCCAUCGUCAGAUUGUGCAAAGCCUCUCGAACUUUACCACCACAAUCACCGAGCAACAACAAAAGCUAAAGGAAACCCUCGACGAUACCACAGCCAUCACACUUUUAAUAGAAGACAAGGCGAAUAAGUUGUGCCUCGUGGAGCGCAGCUUUUUGUACUAUGAGCGUCUGCAGGAGAUGAUCAUCACGGAGCUAAGGAACUGGCGUCGUCAACAGGCGCUGGCGGCAAAUGGAGCACAGUUCAAUGAAGAUAAUCUGGAUGAGAUACAACGUUGCUUCGAGUUGCUGGAAAACUUUAUCAAUCAAUUACUGGCUGCUAUCGAGGGCAUUCCAAAAGAAUAUGAAGAAAUCGCUGAACUUCGCGAGCGAAUGCAGCUGGCACAAAAGUAUCUUCUAGGAUCAGCAUUGAUUGUGGUUAAACAGCCGCCACAAGUGAUGAUGACAAAUACACGCUUUGCAGUCACAGUGCGAUGGCUUCUGGGUUCCCAACCGGCCGAUAGCUUGAAUCCGCUCACAAUCGUGUGUAACAUUUUUUCUGAGUGGCAGGCAAAACAUUUUGUGGACUGUCAAGACCCCCACUUGGAUGUGAUCAAGUGCCGUUUAAGCCAAAUGGGGUCAGGAGAGCUGCAGAACAGUUCAAGCAUCAUGGAAUAUCAACCGACAAAGCAAAUAUUCUGCGCCAACUUUAAUAAUAUGCUGCUCAAGAAGAUCACGCGAUCGAAGACCGAUAAGAAGAACACCAACAGUGUUAUGGACGAAAAGUUCACGCUGUUCUUCUAUGCAACGUAUAAAUUGAAUGGCAACUAUGUUUGCACCUGGACAUUCUCACUGCCCGUGGUGGUGAUUGUGCAUAGCAGUCAGGAGCCAAAAUCUUGGGCUACCAUCAUAUGGGACAAUGCAUUCGCGAAUGUUCUGCGCGAUCCCUUUGUGGUCAGCCACUAUGCCACCUGGUUGGAGUUAUCUACUGCGCUCAACAUAAAAUUUACAGCCUGCCUACAGCGUCAAUUAACCGCAGACAACUUGGCGUUUCUACAUGAAAAACUAAUGGGUAGACGCUUCGCAUACAUAACAUGGAAUGACUUCUGCAAAAACCCGUUGCCGGAACGCACAUUCACCUUCUGGGAGUGGUUCUACUCCGUCAUGAAACUGAUCAAGGACCAUCUGAUGCCCUUGUGGAAGGCAAAUCUUAUCACGGGCUUCAUCACCAAGCACAGGACUCAGUUUGAGUUACUUUGCGCUGAACCUGGAACAUUCCUGUUGCGCUUCUCCGAGAGCAAAUUAGGUGGCAUCUCCAUUGCCUAUGUGAAUGAGCAGCAAUCCGUAACGAUGCUCUCGCCAUGGACUGCCCAAGAUUUGCGCAUCAUCAAACUCGCCGAUCGCAUACGUGAUCUGCCAAUGCUGCGCUUCCUGUUUCGGAUCGACAACAAGGGAGAGAGUUUGGAUCGUGAUGAUGCCUUUGGUCAGUUUUAUUCGCAGUCAGCUCUGAGAUCAGCUCGCACAAACGGUUAUGUGCCCAGCACAAUCCAUGUGGACGUGCCUGGCAAUAGGAACUUGCGCUCUACUAAAAAUCGUCCUCCUAAAACAGACAAACAGGAACUGUUCGAUGCGAUCACGGGAAUGGAAUUUGCUGAAGAUCUAGAUAGCUCAGAGAACUUCACUUAAUAUAAAAUACUAAUUUACAAAUAACAAUGAAUGAAAUAAUAUUAAGUUCUUUAGACCUCGUUAAAUACAUGGUUUCAGAUAUAUAAAUAAUGUGAAGUUACUUUCAACUAGUGGAAGAAAUUUUAUUUUUAAACAUAACUCGGUACUUCCCAGU